ACGUUAAAAAAACACACCUUUCCUUUUGCGUUUGUCGCAACGCAAUUCCGCUCCAACCAACCAAACACUCCCCAAUUCCCAUUUCCCAUUUCCAUAACCAUCAUCAUAUACUCUCCCCAAACGCCAGAAUCUUCCAUUCUCAAAAUCGCGCUUCUCUCUUUCAAAAUUGACCUACCUUACGUUCUUCUUCUUUUGGUGGUUCGAUGGGAGCGGUGACGUCGUCGAUGGCGGCGAAGUUCGCGUUUUUUCCGCCGGAUCCGCCGUCGUACACGGUGGCGGAGGAGGUGGAGGGGAGGGCACGGAUGGCGGAGGUGGCUCUGAGGGAAAACGUCGACGUUUUGAAGGUGAAAACGGAGAGAGGGAACAGCGUUGUGGCGAUGUACAUAAAGAACCCAACGGCGUCGUUGACUUUGCUUUACUCGCACGGAAACGCCGCUGAUCUGGGUCAGAUGUACGAGUUGUUCAGCGAACUCAGUAUCCACCUCCGAGUUAACCUCAUGGGUUAUGACUAUUCUGGAUAUGGGCAGUCGUCUGGAAAGCCUAGUGAGCAGAACACUUAUGCAGAUAUAGAAGCUGUUUAUAAAUGCCUGCUGGAGAAGUAUGGGGCAAAAGAGGAAGAUAUUGUUUUAUAUGGGCAAUCUGUUGGUAGUGGCCCCACUAUAGAUUUGGCUUCUCGUUUAUCAAACCUUAGGGCUGUGAUUCUCCACAGUCCAAUCUUAUCUGGCCUUCGUGUCAUGUAUCCUGUAAAGCGCACAUACUGGUUUGACAUUUAUAAGAACAUUGAUAAAAUCCCUUUAGUGAAUUGUCCUGUUCUUGUGAUUCAUGGAACGGCUGAUGAUGUAGUGGAUUGCUCCCAUGGUAAGCAACUUUGGGAAAAUUGUAAACAAAAGUACGAGCCCUUAUGGAUUAAAGGAGGAAAUCACUGUGAUUUGGAGCUUUACCCUCAAUAUAUAAAGCACCUCAAGAAAUUCAUCACGGUCAUUGAGAAGUCACCACAUCAAAAAACUGGAUCUGAUCGUAUUCCUGAUCAACUUGACAAACCUAGGAACAGCAUAGAUUUUCGAGAGAAAUCCAGACCCAGCAUGGAUCAAAGGGAGAAUUUGAAGAGUAUUGAUCAGAAAGAAAAGCCUAGUGCAAGCACAGACCAUAAAGAGAAGUCAAGAGCCAGCGUAGACAGGAGAGAUAAAUCAAGGAAGAGUAUAGAUCGCCCUGAGAAGUCAUAUAAUGGAUCAGAUAUACCCGAAAAAGCUAGAAAUAGCAUCGACCGUUUUGGGGAGAUGGUGAGAUCGGUUGGAUUAUGCAAUAUUGAUUGUUUCAGGCCCACAGCGACUCAUGCAUGAAAAAGAUGGUGGAGCAUUAUGCAGAGCUUGUUGUAUUUUUCUCAUUAAUUAUUUGAUUGGUUGCCUUUGUCAUGGCCUGUGUAAUGCCCUGGCCUUGGAAUGAGGUAGCCUACCUUGGCCUUUAUAACUUUUUUUCUUCCCACAAUAUAUAGAUGAUUGGUUGGUGGAGUCUGGGGUUAGGUAAAUGUUUCAUUGUACCUGAUUUGUUUUCUAAAGAAAUAGAUAGGAAAGUAAUUUAACCAUGUAGAUCAUGUACCACAAAAAUCACCCUAGAGUUCAAGUUAAUAAUCUAACCUGUCUUUCUGGUCAUAUGCUGACAUAGAUAAGUUUGAUUUAUUCUUGGGGUAUGGACGUAUGAACAUGUAAUUUGCUCUGCAUCAGUAAUAGUUUUUUUUUCCCCAAU